AGUAUGAAACGAAGAAAUAAUGACGAUGCGAUCGAAAUUCUCCAUUGAUCGAGUUCUUCAUGAUACCGCAUUUGCCAAAUGGUGUCAAAAGGAAGAAUCGCGGAACGCCGAUUCGAUAACCCUGUACACGUCAAUUUUGGAUUUUGAAUCCAAACUGAAAACUGGUUCUCCAUCUCUAUCUCUUUUAAAAUUGGCUAGGCAUAUUCAUCGAAAAUACGUCAGUUUGAAUACUGGAACAUGCCACGUCAUCGGUGAUUCAAUACGCACUAAGAUCUCCACACGGGUACAUGAGGUUCUCGAUGGUAAACCCCCGUACAUAGACUUAUUUGAUCCUCUCAAACAACCACUUUUCCAACAUUUACGGUCAAUGCACACUGAAUUUUCAACGACAACAGCCGAUGUUAAUACUACUUGGGAAGAUGCGUCAUCAACAAGUUCUUCAAAUAAAGGUGCUACAAUAUGGUUCAAUGAAGACGCAAUCGAUAAAUCAUCCCGCCACGAAAUAGGUCAAAGUACAGUAACCCAUGAGUCGGAAGAUGAUCGAUUUUCGUUUUUCAAUGCUGUCUGUACACGCCUUAAUUCCUUACAAGAAACAAAAAACUCAUCAGAAACAGAAGAACACGCAGAAUCGCCACGAAAAGAAAAAUCUUCAACUCCAUAUGGGACUGAUGGAUUUGCACCGCCACCGAGGAGCACACAGACUAAUACAUUGAAAGUUUCAAAUCUUCCGAAACGUUUUGAAUCUCUUUACAAAAAGAAACGCCAACAAGUUGCCACAUCAGAUUCCAGCGGAUUCGGAAGCAAUGCUAGUGAUUUUUGGAGUUUUGAACGUUAUGGAAAAUCCAAUCAAGGAACACUUGAAAGACCAAAUCGAUUAUUUACGGGAACAAACAACGGGUUUUCCACAUUACAACCAAAGAGAAGAGGUUCAGAGGCUCCAAAAAUGACUGUAGAACUACGAUACGAGAAUGAUGUUCCGAUGGUGGCAAAGAUUUCAGCAAAUCAUGCACAAUCCGUCACUUUAAGAUAUUUUAGACAUUUAUUCGGUCUUCACUAUACUGAUAACUGCCGCUUUUUCUUUAAAUCAACAUGCGAAGAUGGUUCCGCUCAAUAUCAAUGGACUCUGCUCUUCCAUGAUGAUGACAUUCUUCCCGUGUUUCAAAAUAGAAUUACAGCAAUUUGUAGAAUGUGUCCUCCUCCAGAAGAUCAUGAUUUAAUUUAACUUUAAUUAUUCGUAUGUAAAGAUAUUGUCGUCAGUUUUUGUCUUUUAAUUGUACGGUUAUUCAUUUCAUUUUACAGCAAAAUGUGAUAAACAGUAUUGACGAUAAUU